CGUUCGGUUAAGAUUCGUUGUAUUAUUUAAGCAUAAUUAAGUAAUAUUGUGGAUUGCUAAUUCUGAAAUCUAUGAUUUGAUUUAUGUAUUUAGAAUUUUAAAUCCAUAAUGUAAAACGAAAAUUUUUUCUAUGCAUUUAGAAAUUAAUUUAUUAUAUUAUUCCAAUAAUCUUACAAGAUUGGAAAAUGGAAGACAGUGGCAUUGACAGUGAUAGUAAAUCUGGAUUACUUAAAACACAUAAAUCUUACAUUGCAAUCCCAGAUCAUGAAGAAGAGCCAAAUGAUAGUGAAGAUACUGUUAAUGUGAAUUCUGAAGCUUUUAAAAACUCGUCAGAAGCUAAUGAUGCAGAAGUUGUAUUUUGCAAAGGGACACUCAAAGCACCCUCUAAGCACAAAUCAUCAUCUGUUCUUCAGAAGCAUUUAGAAAAACAAAUGCUUCAGUCUCGAAAAUUUCGACAAAGAGAACAAAAUUUAGAACGAAUGCAAAAGAAACUCAUACCACGUAGUAGACUUAAAGUUCCCAAAAGUGAUGUACCAUUAGUAAAGAAAACAGAUUCUCAUCCUCUUGUUUCCUGGGAAAGUGAAAGUGAUGAUGAAAUUGAUUACCAUCCAAUAUCCAAAUCUGCUGCAAAAGAAAUAUCUGAACAACUGAUAAAAGAUGGGUAUAAUUUAGAUUUGACACCUGAUGAUGAGGAUCUUGAUCUGAUACCACCUAAACCUCUUACCAACAGAUGCAUAUGUUGCAGUUUAAACUGUAUGUGUUUAAUUCAAUGAAUCAGUAGAAAUUAUUACUUUUUAUUAUUAUAUUAUUAUUUGUAUUCCAGAAAAUCUAUUUCAGAAAUCUAUUCUGGAAAGGGGAAAAGAGCUAUUUCAGUUUUUGCUAAAACAUUCAUUUUUGUUAAAUGACCAAAACCUAACCAAGAGAUUUUUCAGGUAUUAUUUAAUAUUUAUAAUCUCUUGGUUUAUCUUGGCAAUAAUAAGGCUGUAUUCUUGUUGAAAUAUGAAAUUAAUUUUCUUUUAAAUCUAUCAAAUAAUGAAUCUAAUCAAAGAAUAAGUUUGCACAAUUUUUGAAUUUCAUCAAUAAUAUAUGAAAGUUAGGAAUUUAAUAUUGGCAGUUAAUGCUAUGUUCCAGUUAGAUAUAUAUAGACAUUUUUAUUUCUGUGGUUAAUAGAUAAUUUAUGUGCCAAAUACAAAAUAUGUUGUGCAUUUACUGGAAGACUUAACCUAAAGGAAUACAUCAAAUUAAAUUUAAAAAUAGGCUAAACUGUUAGAUAAAGUUUCACUGGAAUAUGGGAAAUAUUAUACAUAAUUAUUUCUGAAGUUGGAAAAGGCAUCAUAGAUCAAUUUCAGUUCUUGAAAGUGAAAUCUUCAAAACAUUUUUUUUUUUUCUAACUAUUGAGUUUGUGGUAUCAUGAUAAUGUUGUUAUUAAUUAUUUUCCUUUAAUAGUGUUAAUAGGCUAGUGGGAUGUCCCAUUGGUAGUCAGAUUAAAUCAUUUCAGACCAUGCUUGUUCUUAUGAAAGAAUAUGAACCACAUCUCAUGGGUAGAAAUUACUCAGAGGAUAAGGAAAUUCCACAAAUAUCUGUCAUUAAUGCUUUUUGAAAAUAAAGGAUCAGUCAAUUCAAGGAGUAGUCAAUGAUCAACAUUAACUGAAUAUUUUUGUGUGCAUGUAAAUAUGUUGGUUAUUUUCUUAAUCUAAAUCCAGUAUAAAAUAAAUUUUUAUUCAUUCUCAGCAUUUAUAAAGACAUAUAUAUUUCCAUGCUAUCAGUCCAUCAGCUCACAUCGUUACUGUAAGUUUUUGGAAUGAUCUUUCCCAUGAGAGAAUAUGUUCAUAAUUUUGAAAGUAAAACCUGAGCUAAAUUUGUUAAAUUAUUUUUAUUAAUUAAAUUUUUUUUAUUGUACCCAAUUAUUUUCAUAUAAUUUUUAAUUAAAAUUUAAUAAGUUGUAAUUUUGAUUACAUAUUUUUUGAGUCAACCACACUUCAACAAUUUAUAUGUUUAUGAUAUCAAUUGUGAGAUUUUCAUUAGCUGAAAGUGCAUAGCUAGUUUCCCUUAUUAAAAUUUAGUUGCAAUAUUUGAAAAAUGUAUUAAGGAAUUAGUUAUUUUUCAUUCUUAUUUAAACUUGAAAUUCAAAUAAACAAUCUGGAAAAAAAAAAGGGGGGGGAGAAAAGGGUGUCCUCUACAUUUCUUAUCACUUUUAAAAUCGAACUAACAAUCAGUGGGAACUGAUCACAAUUGUUUUCAGCAAAAGAAAUAUUGCUUUUGAAACUUUUUCUCAAAAUAAAGAAUUUAUUAAAUGUGAUAAGUAAAUAAUAAUACAUUAUUUUAAAGGAAUAUUGCAUGAACAAAUGCAUCCUAAUUUAGUUCAUUCCAAUCCUAUUCUAUUACAAGCUAUUUAA